UUGAUAUGUGACUUGUAUAUCAAAGACUACUAUGUUAUUGCGAAGAAAAUACUUAUCAUCAUGGAGAAUGAAAAUGUUUGCCAGUUAGCUUUUGAGGGAAAAUAUGGAUUAAUGAAAAUGAAAAUACAACAGAAUUCAGCCUUAGCAUCAAAAAUUGACCAAAGCCAACGGACACCUUUACAUUGGGCUGCUUCAGGUGGACAUACAAACAUUGUUGAAUAUCUCACCACAUUAAAUGUAGAUAUUGAUGUUAGAGAUGAGUCAAAUUGGACACCUUUGAUGAUUGCUGUAUCUGCUGGAAGAACACAGAUUGUUAUAGACCUGGUAUCAAAAGGAGCACAAGUUAAUGCCAUCAACAGGACUGGACAGUGUUCACUACAUUAUUCUGCAUCUAAGGACAGAUAUGAGAUAACAGAAUAUUUAUUACAAAAUGGUGCUGAUUGCAACAUAAAAGAUUCAAAUGGUCAUACCCCACUUCAUAGAGCAGCGAGUAAAGGUCAUUUACAAUUAACAAAAUUACUCAUAGAUCAUCAAGCUGAACUAGAUGUUGUAGACUCAGAAGGAAACACACCCCUCCAUUUAGCUUGUGAAGAACAAAGACCUGAUAUUGCUAAAUUAUUAAUAGAAUGUGGUGCCAGAACAGAUAUUUUGAAUAAGGAAAAGCAGACAGCGCUAGAAUUUUUACCACCUGGCAGUCAAAGAAACUUAAGAAAUUUAGUUGAACGCUAAUUUUUAUGGGUAGAAAACAUCUUCAGUUAAAGAGUUUUUUUCUCACCAUUUUAUCUGACAUUCAUUUCGCAUAUUUGUUUCUUGUUUACAUUGACAUUAAAAAAAUUUGAUCAUA